AACAGUAGUGACGGAAGCCCAAACGGUAUCUUUUCGCAUCUCGAUUGUUUGCUUGUUAGUUCGUGAACGAAUUCCCAAACGGACGCUCUUCCGCGAUGUCUUGGUACUACACGCCAAACCCAACCGUAGUUCCGGCGGAAGAUUUCGACCCUUCGGCGGAUGCAAAUGCGCUCCGGAAAGCGAUGAAGGGUUUCGGGACGGAUGAGCAGGCGAUCAUUGAUAUUCUAUGUGCGCGUUCGAACGCCCAGCGACAGGAGAUCGGCGAAGCGUUCAAGCAAGAACUUGGUCGAGAUUUGCUCGAAGAUCUGAAAUCGGAGCUCGGGGGCAAGUUUGAAGAUGUCAUUCUGGGUCUGAUGCUCCGACCCGAGGAGUAUCUCUGCAAGCAGCUCCACAAAGCGAUGGACGGCGUCGGGACCGACGAGAAGGCCCUGAUUGAAAUUCUGUCCCCACAGACGAACGACCAAAUUAAAGCAAUUGUCGAUUGCUACGAAGAAAAGUACAGCCGCCCGUUGGCGGAGCAUCUGUGCUCGGAAACGUCCGGCAGCUUCCGGCGUCUGCUCACAAUGAUCACGGUGGGUUCGCGCGAUCCACCAGGCACCGUCGAUCCGGAGCUGGCCGUCGAGCAGGCAAAACAACUGUACAAUGCGGGCGAGGGCAAGAUCGGAACGGAUGAGGAAGUGUUCUACAAAAUUCUCGCUCACGCCUCGUUCGAUCAACUAGAGAUUGUGUUUGAAGAGUACAAGAGUUUGGCGGGACGGACGAUCGAACAGGCGCUGAAGGCUGAGCUCAGUGGAGAGCUGUACGAUGGACUCAGUGCGAUCGUGGAAUGCGUCCAGAUGGCACCGCACUUUUUCGCCAAACGGCUACACAAAGCCAUGGACGGUAUGGGCACGGACGAUCAGACACUCAUCCGAAUCAUCGUUUCGCGGUCGGAGAUCGAUCUGCAGAAUAUUAAGGACGAGUACGAGCAGAUGUACAACAAAACGCUGCUGAGCGACGUUAAGAGCGAAACCUCCGGAGACUACAAACGCGCGCUUUGUGCCUUGAUCGGGAAUGCCUAGUCGCUGGAGGAGGAACCUUACGAGUGCACAACAGCUCGUUCGCUGUGUGACACCCAGAUUGCAUGCCGAGCAUGAUGCUCUUGAUCGCAAGUUUUACGCAUAUUUCUCUGUAUCGGUGUCUAUUAAUUUUCACGAGUAAUAAAACAAGUCGCUUUACUUGCUCUCUGAUUCGAAUCGA